GCCUUCCCGGCCCCCCCGCACCCGGGAGAACGUCCCGCUGCCGCCCCGCCCGCGGCUGAGUUUGCUCCGGUCCCUUAAUUGUUUCGCUCUCACCGAGAACUUUGUUUACAGUCCCUUGUGCAGCGAGCGAGCUGCAUCCCCUCUUACGCUGCCUGCGGGCUGGCGGCCGCCGCAGUCCCGCCCGGCGGCCAGGAGGAGGAAACUUCCAUGCUAGAAUAUUGUCAUCUCCAAUUCAUCAUUCAGCAACAUCUGACACUUCAAAGCCUGAAGCAGUUCUUUCUGCUGCCUGACUCUGCCUUCAACUGACACAAAGAGACAUCUUCAGCAGUGUCCCUCUGCUUUUGAGACAAGGAUUUGUUCCCAUGGAUUUCUCAUGGAGCUGCGCCGCCCGAGCUCAGCAGAGCCUGCUCUAGCCUAGGAACUGCCCGACUCAAGGCAACCAAGAUGACAAACGAACCUAUUAAAGAGAUCCUGGGCUCCCCAAAGCAUCCUGAUUCUGUAACCACGGAGAAGAGCAACAACAAUGACUGUGUGGUCACCACCAUCCCCCUGGUCAGUGAGUGCCAGCUGACGGCAGCCACGGGGGGAGCAGAGCUCUCCUGCUACCGCUGCACGGUGCCCUUCGGAGUGGUCAUCCUCAUAGCCGGCAUCGUGGUCACCGCCGUGGCAUACAGCUUCAACUCCCAUGGAUCCAUCAUCUCCGUGUUUGGGUUGGUCCUCCUGUCAUCAGGACUCCUUUUGCUGGCUUCCAGUGCAGUGUGCUGGAAAAUCAGGCAGCAAAACAAGAAAGCCAAGAGGCGGGAGAGCCAGACGGCGCUCGUGGCAAAUCAGCGAACCUUGUUUGGUUAAAGACAACCAGGGGAAGGCUGGACAGAAGGCAGAGCCUUUCGCACAUACAAGGACACAGCAGAGUUCCUGCUCCACCCUCUGCCGUGCUAAUUGUGGGGCACCCAGGCACUAAGCAGCAUGUGAGCAGUGACAGGCAGCAUUGCAUGACCCUAGACAUGAUCCCCUGGCACAGCAAAGCUUCAGGUACAACGUGGUGUCCCGUAAUACCCUCUUAACUGACAGGUUGGGAGGCCUCCAGGUGAUAUGGGGCUGCCAGAGCACACACUGCUGAGCUCAGUAGCAUUGGCUGUAUCCCAGAGAGAGAAGGUACAUGCACAGGCAUCUUCAUAUCAAGCACUGAGUGAAAGUCUGUGCAGGAAUUCAAUCUUGUUUGGCCUUUAUUCAGAGAAGCAAAACAGUAACUUUAUUGGGGAGAAUCCCAGCACUUGUUUCUGGUGUCCUGCAGGAGCAAGAGGUUGUGAAUAGUUUAGUCAGAGACCUUAUGCUGUUGAAGAUGUUUUCAGAUGUUUCAUCACCUGAAUGGUCACAUGGUCUUAGAAACUGUCACAGACUUCUCCACCACGAUUUGUGUGCAUCGAUUUUGGAACAACCUGAAGCAGUAGUAGCAUCUUUUCUGAAUGGCCAAGGAUGAGUUCAACACAAGUCUCACAAAGUCUUGCAAAUCUACAUAUUUCAGACACUUUCAUUAUUAUCCUCUCUCCCAGCACCCCUUGUCCUGGUUCCAACACAGGAACAACACAUCCUUUUUGGCCUUUAAAGCCCAGCCGUUCUGGGAGGUGCUGUGUGAGUACAGUGUGCAGGCUCAGCACCUCCUUUUUCCUAGAGUCUGGUGAUAUUGUUAGAUCUGAGAAGUUUUUUUGACAGGAGCACAUUUACAGUGCUUUUACAAGGGUCAGCCCCCUCAAACUGGAUACAACCAGCAAAAUUUCUGCUUCAAAUUGUCAACCCUAAUGACCUAAUCUGGAUUGAUUUGGGUUUUCAUGCCUGUGUGCCAAGUCCACCAAGUCUUUGAUACAAAACCAUUGGAACUCCACAACUGCUGUUUGGUGUUUCCCAUGGGAAUCUGGGAGGCAGAAGGAUGCAGCCCUGGGGAGAUCACAGUGACUUUCCAGUUUAGAAACACCUUCCCUUCUGGUGUGAAAAGGCUUUGAA